AUGCAUGCACAAAGAUAUUCAAAUGAUUGCAGCUAUCUAUCUAUCUAUCUAUCUAUCUAUCUAUCUAUCUAUCUAUCUAUCUAUCUCAUUCUGUUUGUAUUUCUCUCUCGCAAUCUAUCUAUCUAUCUAUCUAUCUAUCUCAUUCUGUUCGUAUUUCUCUCUCGCAAUCUAUCUAUCUAUCUAUCUAUCUCAUUCUGUUCGUAUUUCUCUCUCGCAAUCUAUCUAUCUAUCUAUCUAUCUCAUUCUGUUCGUAUUUCUCUCGCAAUCUAUCUAUCUAUCUAUCUAUCUCAUUCUGUUCGUAUUUCUCUCGCAAUCUAUCUAUCUAUCUAUCUAUCUAUCUAUCUAUCUAUCUCAUUCUGUUCAAUAUUCUCUCGUAAUCUAUCUAUCUAUCUAUCUAUCUCAUUCUGUUCGUAUUUCUCUCGGGUUCUAUCUAUCUAUCUAUCUAUCUAUCUAUCUAUCUCAUUCUGUUCGUAUUUCUCUCUCGCAAUCUAUCUAUCUAUCUAUCUAUCUAUCUAUCUAUCUCAUUCUGUUCGUAUUUCUCUCUCGCAAUCUAUCUAUCUAUCUAAUUCUUUUCACAUCGAUCUAUCUAUGUAUUUCUGUUCAUAUCUAUCUAUCUAUCUAGUUCUGUUCAUAUCUAUCUAUCUAUCUAGUUCUGUUCAUAUCUAUCUAUCUAUCUAUCUAUCUAUCUAUCUAUCUGUCUGUCUUUUCAUAUCUCUCUAUCUAUCUAUCGAAGAGUUGAUAAGGUUGCCUAUUCUGUCCAUAUCUAUCUAUCUAAUUCUGUUCAUAUCUAUCUAUCUAUCUAUCUAUCUAUCUAAUUCUGUUCAUAUCUAUCUAUCUAUCUAA